AUGAACUCUUCCUUCCACAAUGUCGAAUCCCGCCCGGAUAUCACUGCUCCCGUGUGGACCAACGCGGAUGCCUGGGCGUUGAUGAACGAUGAAUGGAGGGUGAGGAGUCGUGAGGGAAACCGCUGCUUCCCUCUACCGGAAUGGAAACAACGCUUUCUAUUCGAACUAUUCCUCGCCGUCCGAACGAUCCUCCGGGAUAUAUUCGGAUUCUAUAUUCCCUUUCCCGGUACCGGCGCGGUCUUGGGUUUCCCGGGGGACGUCUACAGUCUCCUCGAUCGCAUCCUGUUUCAGGUUGCGAGGAGCCAGGACCCCUGGCGCAAGGAGGCGUGGCUCUUCUCCUUCACGCUUCUUUUGACGAGCGUGGCAGGGUGGGCGAAGGUUCCCGAGGCAGAGAUCGAACUGUCGUUGGGUUGGAUGCUGGAGUAUGGGAGGAACCAUCUCUACUCUCUCCCGCGGCCAUCGUCCGAAGGCACGGAGCUUCUAAGAACCCCUCUGUUCCGUACCGUUCUCAAGGAGGAGACCGAUGCUCGGUAUGCCGAGUUUUUGCGAUGGCGGUCGGUGCUGUCCCCUAGGGAUAUCCUCAUCAUAUCCCACAUGACCCAGCUCCCGCUAGCGUGA